ACAGGACAGAACCUUCAAAGGGAAACCCCAAAUAAACCCUCGUCUCCUCAACUCGUCCUCGGCUCAGUCGUUCCUCCGUCCGUCGUCUCCCUCCUCCCGACUCUCUUUCAUCCUCCGGCGCCGUACGAUUCUACUUUUAAGCUCAGCUCACUUGACGGCAACGACAGCGAGGAGCUUCCCGGCGCUGAGAAAUCGAUCACCUUCUUUCUCGUGGCACUUGGGUUCGUUGUUGGUGCUGCACACGAAAGGAUUGGAUUGUUUAUGACCAUCGAUAGCAUUUCUUUUGACUCGUCGAGAUGAAGAGCUUGAGGGCGCUGAGAGCACUCACAGCUCUAGCCCGAAAUCCCAGCUCGGCAGCCGCCGCUACCUUCUCCCGCCGUUUCUAUUCUGCGCAGCCUCAGGCUGAGCUCUCCCCCUCCACCUCCCCUGCCUCCUCCGACUCCGAGGGCUACGAUGAUGAUGCAGUCUUCAACAGCUCCCACUUCCCAUUACCAGGCGGUUCCUCCGACAUUCAAACCCCUCCACAACCUACCUGGGAUGAGAAGUACCGGAGGUUAGCUGAUAAGGUCAUAUCUGAGGAGGAGACCCCCCAGAAAGGAAGGUUGAGAAUCUUGGAGGAGGAAGAGAAGAAUAGGCAAAGGAUGCUCGCAAGGGCGCUGCUCGGGGCUGCCCUGGAGCCCCCCGACUAUGAAGAGGCGGAGGGAGAGAUGGUGGUGAAGGAGGAGGAUCAGAAAUCCUUGGCUGUCGGAAUAAUUGGCUCCCCUAAUGCCGGCAAGUCUGCUCUCACCAAUUACCUGGUAGGGACGAAGGUCGCUGCUGUCUCCCGUAAAACGAACACAACUACGCAUGAAGUCUUGGGAGUCAUUACUAAGGGAGACACUCAAAUUUGUUUCUUUGAUACUCCUGGACUCAUGUUGACAAACAGCGGGCUUCCUCACAAAGACAUGAAAGUCCGCGUUGAGAGUGCAUGGAGUACCAUCGGGCUGUUUGAUGUUCUCAUCGUGAUAUUUGAUGUCCACAGGCACCUUAACAGACCUGAUACGAGAGUGGUAAAGUUGAUUGAGCGGAUGGGAGCAAAAUCCCACCCAAAACAAAAACGGGUUUUAUGCAUGAACAAGAUAGAUUUAGUUGAAAAGAAGAAGGAUCUCUUAAAGGUAGCUCAGCAAUUUAAGGAUCUUCCAGCAUAUGAGAGGUAUUUCAUGAUUUCUGGACUAAAGGGUGCUGGAGUAAAAGAUCUUACUCAGUACUUGAUGGAGCAGGCAGUUCAAAGACCUUGGGAUGAAGAUCCAUUUGAGAUGAGUGAAGAAACCAUGAAAAAUAUAUCACUGGAAGUGGUCCGAGAAAAGUUGUUAAAUUAUAUACAUCAGGAAAUUCCAUAUACUGUUGAGCAUCGUUUGGUUGAUUGGAAAGAGUUGCGAGAUGAUUCUAUACGAAUUGAGCAACACCUUAUCACCCACAAGCAAAGCCAGCGCAAGAUUCUGGUUGGGAAGAAUGGUUCAAGAAUAAGGACGAUAGGGAUGGAAGCCAAUGAAGAGCUGCGAUCCAUCUUUAAGAAGGAAGUGCACCUCAUCCUCCAGGUCCGAGUUAAAUGAGCAUAUUAUGAUUAUCAUUGCCAUCAGAUCGGUAAUAUGAACCAGGAAACUUGUCCCUCUCCUCAUCUCUGGCGGAGAUUCGGCUGGACAGCUAAGAGGCAGUGGUGUGGGCACAUGGGAUUAUGUCAUGAAAAUUGUGUGGCCUGGUGAUAAUACACUAUUAUGAAAUGAAGAAAGAGGGAGUACAAGUGCAAAAAGCUGGAAUACCUGUGGGAUGUGCUGCUGAGCAUUAACUGUGGGCUUGUGCUAAAUCCAAACACUGUCAAAGGAAGAAGCAGGGGUCGGCUUUGAAGGGAACGAUAAUAUGUUACAUCCUCUGUUUGUCUUGUAACAUCUUUGUUGCGGAAAUUUUGAGAUCCCCUCCCGCGUCUCAUUUAAUUUUAUCUGUUGUUUUCUUUAUUUUGCUUCUCUUUCUUUCUUUGAUAUAUCGGCGACAUAUAGAUAGACAAAUAGGAUUGCUAUGGUGGGGAGUGGUCUAGGGAACGUACUACCUAGUCCCAUCUUCUAUCAACAGUCGAUCCGUCCUUGGCUGCAUGUUUUUUUGAUAAUCUGCACUGCAUGUAACAGUCAGUUAUUUAUUGAACUUUCAUAACUUUUUUUCUGAUCUUGUAAUAAUAACUUAUAUGUGCGUAGAGAGAGAGAGAGAGAGAGAGGAUUACUUUCA